GACGAGCAUUGUCCUCAUAAUAUAUUUAUAUCUCUUGAGCAAAGUGUAACAAAGCACAUUAUUUGGUUUCCCAAAGAAAGUUUCUCUCUCAAUGUUCAGUAGAGUAUUAAGGCACCUCUUCGGUGCAUAUGCAGCCCUCCCUUUUCUAGUGAUCCUAUCCUCGCACCAUACUUCCAGUGCCACAAGGAACACCGGCAAUUACUGCCCUCCUUCUUCUUGUGGCAAUAUCCAUAAUAUUAGCUAUCCUUUUCGAUUAAAUACCGAUCACAAAAACUGUGGCAACAAAUAUUUUGAACUUGCUUGUGAAAACAACUCUCGUCCAACUUUAUACUUGAACAUGGAAAAGUAUUAUGUCCAGGCAAUCAAUUACAGUGACUUCACAAUUCGACUUGUGAGUGCUGCUGUUCAGAAGGAUGAUUGCUUCUCCCUCCCUCAUCAAUCUCUUACACAAGAAGGGCUCCGCUCUGAGUACGAAGAAGGGCUCCGCUCUGAGUACGGCAUUUAUUAUUAUAAGAUAAAUUGGACAGACAGUUCUGUGUUAACUUUUUUAUGUUGCGAGAAUCAAAUGCUGAAUCCUCCAGAUUAUAUUAUGGAUGCUUCUUCUUGCAAAAAUGGCAGUGGUACUACAUAUGAUUCUUCUUCGUCUAGCAGUAUUUCUUCUCCCAGCUGUGUCAAUAUGGAAGGUCAUUCCUAUGUCAUGGUUGGUGAGGACAUCAUCCAGGAUGUACCUGACUUGUGCCGUAUAAAUUUGAUUUAUCCUGUGCCAGAAAAUAUGAGAAAUAUGACGUAUACAGAUGUCCAUGAUAUUUUGGUAUAUGGGUUCGAGCUUUCGUGGCUCUCUAUCUGUUGUCAUUAUAGCAUAAAGAACCGCUGCAACCUUGAUGAAGCCACCAUGAAGAACAACUAUUGUUUACCAUAUAUCAUAGAGAACUAUUUGGGGAAGCUGUUUAAACUUUAUUUUGAAGCUAUCUUUUGUCCAACCAUUGGGGAUAAUUAUUGUGAUUACCGGAUACACCCUUCAAAUUUAGCAAUCUUUCUCAUAUCGUUUUCCAUUGAAAUGCUUGUUUUUAUCGUGAUAUAUCAUGUGCUAUUGUUUCCAUGUGGGCUUCUCUGUCUCCUAACUUUACUGAUCUAUAAAUGGCGAAGACGACAUUUAUCCAUGUAUGAAGACAUUGAAAAAUUCUUGCAAAGUCAUGAUAAUGAUCUCAUGCCGAUAAGGUACACUUACUCAGAGAUUAAGAAGAUAACCAACGGAUUUAAAGACAAGUUGGGUGAAGGAGGCUUUGGCUCAGUGUAUAAGGGAAAGCUUCGUAGUGGUCGUUUUGCAGCAGUUAAAUUAUUGGGCAACUCAAAAGCCAAUGGACAAGAUUUUAUCCACGAAGUUGCCACAAUUGGAAGAAUUCACCAUGUUAAUGUUGUGCAACUUAUAGGCUUCACUGUCGAGGGAUCGAAGCGUGCUCUUAUAUAUGAGUUCAUGCCCAAUGGGUCUCUUGAAAAGUAUAUUUUUUCUAAGCAAGGUAUCGUCCCAAGGAGUGAGAAAAUAUAUGAGAUUUCUCUUGGAGUGGCUCGUGGCAUUGAAUAUCUACAUCAAGGUUGUGAUAUACAAAUCUUACAUUUUGAUAUCAAGCCUCACAACAUUCUUCUUAAUGAUAAGUUUGUUCCGAAAAUCUCAGAUUUUGGACUAGCCAAAUUGUACCCAACAAAUAAUAACACCGUGCCCCUCACUGCUGCUAGAGGAACGAUAGGAUACAUGGCUCCUGAACUAUUUUAUAAAAAUAUUGGAGGUGUCUCUUACAAAGCAGAUGUCUAUAGUUUUGGGAUGUUAUUGAUGGAAAUGGUAGGAAGAAGGAAGAACCUAAAUGCAUUGGCAAAUCAUUCAAGCCAAAUUUACUUUCCUUCAUGGGCUCAUGACCAAGUUAGUGCAGGCAAAGACAUAGAAGUACAAGAAGAUGCCACAGAACAUGAGAAGAAAACUACAAAAAAGAUGAUUAUUGUGGCAUUGUGGUGCAUACAGUUGAAGCCUGUUGAUCGUCCAUCAAUGCAUAAAGCUGCAGAGAUGCUUGAAUCGGAUGUUGAAUCCCUACGAAUGCCUCCUAAGCCUUUUCUCACCCCACAUCAGAUGUCAGGAGAUGAUGAUAGAGCUAAUCAUACAAAGUUAUCAAAUCCACCAAAUGAUUGUAUUGACUCUUCAUAUCAGUUUGGUCGUUAAUGAUGAGAUGAUGAAGAUAACAUAACUUAGCAUGUAUUAAUUUUAAUAAUGUAUUAAGUAUUUAAGCUUUAAGUUUACUUAUUGUAUCUGUUAACUAGAUGUUAUUAUCCAUUGAGAACCUCUAGACAAUAACAAUUCAAUCAA